AUGGCAGCACUGCAGAGGCCGAGAACGACCACGGCGUCGACGUGCAUCCCGGACACGGCGCGGGGCACGCACGUGUUCACGAUCACCUGCUACAGGAUGCACAAGGGCCUCGGCGCCGGGAACUUCAUCCGGUCCGGCACCUUCACCGUCGGCGGCUACGACUGGUGCGUCCUCUACUACCCCGACGGAAACAGAUCCGAGAACAACGAUUAUGUCUCGGUACUCGUCGAGCUCCAGUGCAAGAAAUCCGUGGUGAGGGCGCUCUACGACUUGAGGCUCACAAACCAGGCCACCGGGAAGUCGUCCUUGCUCUUCUCCCGGCCGUCGUCCUUCCCGCCGUUCAACUCCUGUAAGAACGAGCCUCCCAGGGGCGCUGCCAGGUUCAUGAGGAGGGACCUCCUGGAGGAAUCGCCGUACCUGCACGAUGACUGCCUCGUGAUCGAGUGCGACGUCACCGUCAUCAAGGAAACCCAGGUCCUGCCGGCCUACAAGACGUCCGAGAUCCAAGUGCCGCCGUCGGACUUGUCAGAUAACCUUGCAAAGCUGCUGCAGGGGAAGAAAGGAACGGACCUGACCAUCAAGGUCAGCGGCGGGGAGGUCUUCCAUGCUCAUAAGAUUGUGCUCGCGAUGCGGUCGCCGGUCUUCGAUGCGGAGCUCUUUGGCCCGAUGGGGGGCAAGGAGAAGCAGUGCAUAGAGAUAGAGGACAUGCAGCCCGCUGUCUUCCGAGCAUUUCUUCACUUCAUAUAUACAGAUUCACUGCCUGCAAUGGAUGACUUCGACAGCAACGACAGCAAGGAGCUUGUGAACCACUUGCUCGUGGCUGCAGAUAGGUAUGCCAUGGAAAGGUUGAAGUUACUGUGUGAGAGCAUCCUCUGCAAGAGCCUCGACGCCAAGAGCCUCGCCGCCACAUUAGCUCUGUCUGACCAGCAUCAUUGCACCAAGCUCAAAGAUGCUUGCAUCAGAUAUAUCAAACACUUCGCAUAG